UGAGAGGUACGAUAAGUCACCUUCCUAAGCUAAGUGUCCAUCAUCAUAAAGUAAUAGAAAUUAAGUAGGUAUCUAUCGUCUUUCAUAUCUGGAGAAUCACGGAUCUUUGUGCUUGAUGUCUUGGCUGCCGUUUGUUUUUCAAUUCGCAUCAUGUAAAGAUUCUUUCAUUGACCAACUUCUCAAACGAGCAUCCACCUGUGGAUUUAUUACAACUUGGCCCGUUAAAAGACAUAAUUGUUCACCUUUGUCUUGUGGAAACAAGGGCCUUGUAGCUAUUGAAGCCAAUGAGGGAAACCUACUAUAUAGGAUCAACUAUCUCUGCAAGAUAUUUCAUUGGGUAUCUUGCUUCGAUAUCAGCCCGGAAGUCUUACUAAAAUAGUUCAUCUUCAAAGACCAGACAUCCCGAACUUGUCCAUAAUGGAAACUACUCCGACCCAAACCCCCAUUACUAAGCGAAAGGCCGACGAUAUGGCCAUUGAUGAAGACGUAGAAGCACAGGUUGCAGCUACCCCAGAAGAGCCAGCAUCCAAGAAAGUCAAGACAGACUCAACAGAAGCCGCCCAUAAGCACUGGAAUGCCGAUAUGGAGAUGCCGGAAGGGAAAGCACGACCUAAAUUUAAUGGGGAGGAUGAAGAGGACCGGGCAAGUGGUAGCGGUACAGUCGAAGAUCCCAAGCUCGUCUGGCUAGGUAAGGUACCCCUCGACGCCGAACUGAGGGAGGCGAAUCAGACUCUUGCUCGGGAAGCUGCCUUAAGUCUGGACGAAGUCACCCAUGUAUACAUCAGAUAUGCAGCGCAGUCCAACAAGUUUAUAAAUAGGGAUGGAGACAGGAUACGUAUCUUCAACCCCGAUACCAUACUAUUCGGACAUAGGAGCGCAAAAGCGGACCCGCACAUGUCCCUCGCCUUUGGGACUGACGCAGGGACUCUGUCCGUGUACGGUUAUAUCAAUGUCGAUGUUGAUGAAGACGGGAACCCAGUGGACUUUGCAUCGUCUCGAAACCCAGAGUACGUUAUCGAUGGAGAUGAUAGGAUCUUCGAGCUUUUCUUUUAUGAAGAUGAGCAGCAAGAUUGCGCCCCUUAUUGCCCUACCCAUGCGAAAAACGAGAAGCUUGUUGACGCCUGCUGGCUAGCUUCUGCUAGAGGCUGUCGUCACCAUAAUACGCAAGGUCUGCUUGACCAUCAUUGCCCUCGACCUCAUUGGAGAGCUAAUGCUUUCGCUGAUCAUUACUGCCACUGUCAUCACAACGUAGCCGGCACCCUUGAUCACUAUUGUCCUUGUCGCCAUGAUCGGGCCAGAUUGGAUGUUACCUCCCGUCAUUGCCGACACAAAGUGACGAGGAAGGACAGGGCAACCGGUGCCCACUAUUGCGCCAACUAUGUAUUUUGAGGCCUACUAAUACCUCCACUUAUGUGUCGUGUUCUGUAAAUUGCGCCGUAUACAAAUAUCGUUGGGUGGUAAUUUCUGGCGCGCGUACCUAAGCAUACAUUAGAAUUUAGAAUAAAUCUCAAGAAUAAAUGAUAAAUAGGUAAAAUCCGCAUUCGAGUUCUCUAUGUUCCGUACGUAAACCGUGCCUCUCACCAAUGUGCCAUUUACAGAUUACCUG